GAGAGGGAGGGACUACUCCUGAGACAGGACGGUGACGCGCUGUAUGGUUCAAUUUUCACAUGACUCAAACACUUCUAGGCAACUCUGACAAGGUGUACUCCUGGUCUGAGGAGUGGAACUAUACUUACAGUGGAUUACUAAACACAGCCACAACCAAAGGCCAAACCCAUCAACCAGCUAUUCUCAAACAGUUUGUCUCGAUUCACUGCCUCCCAUGCCAGUGUGCAGUUUCAGCCAGGAUAUCAUCAACUUGAUUUUCCAGCCUUAAGUCAUGAUGAGGACAAAGACGCUGGGCUUGUUUAACAAGACUGUCAUGUCGCUCCUGCAGAAAGCUAUUUGGAGAAUAAUGCUGUAGGACUUAAAUCUUUCGGUGUGUCCCCUGGCAAAAUGUUACUUCCUGGACAGUCCAUUUGGUGCAUUUUACUGCCUCUAUGCAUGACAGUCUGUGGUUUGGAGAUUUCUGGAGAUGAAGUCAUUUGCUCACAGGGUCUCUCUGAUUGCACCAUGAACAAGGUGAAUAUUCUUGUAGUAGAGGACAACAAUGCUGUGAAUGUUCAAAACCUGACUCCAUCUAUCGAGCUCUGCUGCAGAGACAGCGCGCCGUGUACAAUAUGUCUGGUGAUAGACAUAGAGAUAAACAUCCAUCUGGAUAAAGUCAUUGAGGAUGAAGGCCACUCUGGAUAUGAGGAAGAGGAUUAUAGCGGGGAGACGGAGAGGAAUUCAAACGCGUCUGUGACAGUGUGUUACUAUGCACUACCUACCCUGCCCAUGUGCAAGAAGGUGGAGUUUACGGUUAAUCAUACAGCUCUUACUCUGCAAAACCAGGCAAAGAUUUCCGUGAAGAUUACUAAGCCAGCUGGGGUUUCCUUCAGCAGCCAUGUGUUUGUUUAUUCUUCUACACCACCAAUGCCAUCACGAGAAGUUGUUGCCCCUUCUCUAGAUGAAGUUUGCUCCCAGGAGUGGAAGGAACGUGUAGAAGAGUGUCAUGUGCCCAGUCUUAGCUGUGUAAUUGACCAAAAAAUGAAUUGGGUGGAGCUGCAGUUUGGCAGGAAUAAAAGCCUCCCCUCUGUGUGUGUCCAGUAUGAAAAGAAUGGUAUAUGUCAGAUAUGGAAUAGGACGACCAUCCCUCUGCAUUCUGUGACCCCCUGCAUGUGUCUUCAGGUAUGGGAUGAGGAUGAUCAGAGGUCUAUGCGCACUCAAAGCUGCCCCUUCAUUAAUAACACAGAUUCUCUCCAAAGGAGCGUAUGGCAGAAUGUGUCAGUGUUUGUAAGCCAGGGACAAAUGAACAACUACCACACAAUGCUGUCAUGGAACCUGUCUGCCCCCUGCAGGCUGGGGGGUGAAGUGUGGCCCUGCCAGAAAGAGAACAGCAGCUGCUGCAGAGAAAUGAAGGGCUUUAGACAACAGCUGAAAAAUGGCACAUGGAGACAAAACAGCAAGGGGCACUGGGAGACAAUAAGGGUGUUUGAAGACAUCCACGUUCAGCUCUCAACAUGUGUGAUGGUGGAAGUAAAGGGAAUGGGACAUGAGCUGGGUCCAUUUUGUUUAAAAAACAGCCUACUUGCAGACAACAGGUCGCGCUGGAUUCUUCUGGUUGUUGGUGUAAUGCUGCUGGUUUGCUUGGCUGUGCUCAUAUUUUAUCUCCUUCAUGACUUUGUCAAGAAAUGGGCUUGGAGCUGGCAUCAUGGCGGAUUUGUAAAGAUUUGCAGAAAGGGUCAUAUGGUGGUGUUGCUGAGCCCCCCAGAUGAGGAUGAUGGUGUUUCGGAGUCAGUAUGUCAGCUUGGCUCCCAGCUCUUUAACCAGGGCUUCAGUGUGUCUGUGGAUCAGUGGAGCAGGAAGGAGCAGUGCACUAUGGGGCCUCUGCCAUGGCUGCACUCCCAGCUGCUGCAGCUGAAAAGCCUGGGCGGCCGAGUUGUGCUCGUCUUGACCCGCAAAGCCUUGGAGAGAGCAGAGGAAUGGACCCAUGGGAACAAAGAGGUUAUCAAGAUGAAGGGAGACAAGGGUCUCCCUCAGAUAUGUUCCCCUUACUCUGAUGUGUUCACGGCCUCCCUAUUCCUCAUUCAAGCAGACAAGCAGCUGGGCAGACCUGGAGAACGUUUUCUUCUGGUGAAAUUUGACUCCCAUCGAAGCAUAGACAGGAGACUACCGGAGCUUUUUCAAGGGCUGCCCCUGUUCCAGCUUCCCUCUCAGAUCCAGGCUUUGUUGUCUGAGCUCACUAUGGGAAGGACAGGGAGGCAAUCAGGUAGAAGGACACGGACAAGGUGGAAAUGGAGUGCAAAGACUAAAAAGGGACAAGACCAGCAGAAGGCAUCACACUGUAAAUAUGUUGGCCCUGAGAAAAACUUGGAGCAACGCCUUUGAAGUUCCCAUAAAUUAUUUUUGCAUAUUAUUGCUGCUCUGUGAAUAUGAAAGACAUGUUCAUCCAAAUUCUGUAUGAGAUAAACAUAGGUCACUAAAGGCUGGCUGGCAAUGAUCUAUAUUGUUGUUAUAGUCAAGAAAUGCCAUGAAAUGACCACAACAAUACGUCCAUUCCUCACUACUUUUUUCGACUACACUUCUCUGUCUGGAGUUGCCAGAACCCAAACCUGUUUAUUUUUACUUAAGAUGUCCUGUCUGGACUGCCCACCAAGGCCCUUAGCAGACUCCAGUAUGCCCAGAACUCUGCUGCCAGGGUUCUAACCCACACCAAGCCCUGGCAGCAUUACAUUCUCAUCCUCCAACAGCUCCACUGGUUGCCAGUCAAGUCACGCAUCACCUACAAGAUCCUCCUGCUCACCUACAAAUCUCUCCAUGGACUCUCACCACAAUACCUCAUAGAUCUGCUCCACCCCUACACUCAGUCACGUUCCCUGCGGUCCUCUGACAAGGACCUGCUGGUUCCCCCAAGCACCAGGUUGCGGACCUUUGAGGACAGGGCUUUCUCUGCCAAGGCUCCCACACUCUGGAACAGUCUAUCACUCCACGUCCGCUCUGCCCCAUCCCUGCCCAUGUUCAAAAAGCACCUCAAAACAUUUAUUUUCAUUAAGUCCUUUGACCCCUAACCCCUCUCCCCCCCUAUUUGUUAAGCGACCUUGAAAGGUGCUAUAUAAAUCCAAGUUAUUAUUAUUAUAUUAUUAUUAAGUAAUUUCUUAACAAAUGGCUGGACACUGCAGUUUUUAGAAAACGUUAUUCAAAUAGGAGUAAUUUGUUAUGGACUAUUUUCAGCUGCAGAUUUGAUGUGUUAGUGAACAGCUUGGCAGCAGGAGGAGUUUGUGGGACUGGCUCAAAUGUUCAUUGUUAUGAAGGAAAAUGUCACAAAGUGCAACAAUGUCAAAAGUGGUUUUGGUGGUUUUUGGACAAUAACGGUGGUCUAUGGCACAGAGGAAUAAGUUAUAUAAGGCUUUGGCUACACAGACUACUUUUUUCAGGAUUAAAUCAUUGUUUGUCAUUGUCUUCACAUGGAAUUUGAGUGUAAGAAAAAUAUAGAAUAUGACCAGACUUAUCUUUUAAGCUUUCAAAUGUUUAACAAAUGUUUAAAAUCUUA